AUGUCGACCAUUCGGUCUCCUCGGCAUCAGUCCGUCGCCGCGAUGGACCUCGUUCUUGAGGAAGAACUCGACGAGGCUGACCCCCUUAGGCACCUGCGCGCUGCGGACGACAUCGGCCCCGAUAUUUCUGACAUUGUCCCCGCCCAACCCCCAUCUAUCAUCAACCAAACCAUCGAGCUCUCAUUUGCUACCACUACUAGUGCCGAUGUCCACUGUGCAGACUCGACAGAGCAUGUUGUGAUCAAACUUGCUGUGGACGCGUCGCCCGGAUGUGGGGGGAUCGCUUGGCCGGCAGGUGAGGUCCUUUCGCAGUAUAUUGCGCGAAGGGGCUCUCUUCAAGGCAAAACUGUCCUUGAACUUGGUAGUGGGACGGGGCUUGUUGGACUGGUCGCGGGAAUACUGGGUGCGAGCGUGUGGAUCACCGACCAAGAACAGCUUCUCGACAUUAUGUCGCGUAAUGUGUCUAUGAAUGACCUUGAUCCUUCUGUGCAUGUCGCGGAGCUCAACUGGUCAGCAUCCCCACCCCUUGAUAUUCUCUUAUCAGAUAGGGGUGACCCCAUCCCCCGAGACAUAAUCUCAGUCGCCUCGCGACUGGAUCUCAUACUACUAGCGGAUUGCGUCUAUUUCGAGCCUGCAUUCCCUCUUCUCGUACGGACAUUGGCAGACCUCGUCCCAAUUCGUGGAUCGCAUGCAGAGGUGCUGUUUUGCUACAAGAAACGGCGUAAGGCUGAUAAGCGAUUUUUUACGCUACUCAAGAAGGAAUUUACAUGGUUAGAGCUCCCGAUACAUUUGAUGGUGGACAGACUUUCGGGUCUGUGUGUGUACGCGCUAGUCGAUGAAAAGAAGGCCAUCGUAUACCUCGAUCAGAAGGGUGCGGAGCAAAAGAAGGUGAAGGACGAACCAGUUGAAGAUGCACUUGACAUGGCUCCGCCCACAGCUAUUCAAUCAACGGACGGUGAUGCUCGAGCACUUACAAAUAAAUGGAAGAAUCCUAUCGUCGAAACUAAGAAAGAUUUGCAAUUCAUUAUGAGUUUGUGA